AUGACAUCCAACAGUGCAAAGUGUUUCAAUUUGUUAACUAAAGAGUAUCGACUAUUGCCCAUAGUAUGCUUGAUUGAACAUGUUAGAGGAAUGCUCAAAUCGUGGUUCUAUGAAUGGAGGAAUUACUGGGCAUCUCGAACGACAUUGCACUCUGACCACUAUGAAACCCGAUUUGCAAGUGAGACCGAUAAGGGCAGACGAUAUUGGGUGGAGCCUAUUGAUUGUUAUCGGGUACACGUGCGAGAUAAUCGAUUGGACGGUAUUGUCAAUCUUCACAAGAAGGAAUGCACGGGUAAGGAAUUCGACUUACUUGGUAUCCUGUUUUUGCAUGGAAUUGUUGCUGCCAAGGAACGAAAUAUACCCAUCCACAAUCUUUGCAGUCGAUUUUAUAUAGUGGACUCUCUAAUGACUGCGUAUGCAGAGCCUAUAAAUCCACUUGGCCAUAUAUCUGAAUGGAAGAGACCUCCUAGAUAUGUAGAAAAGAUUAUCCUUCCUCCGAAGUUUGUGCCACAAGUCAGGCGAUGGAGAAUGAGAAGAAUACCAUCUAGAGGAAAAUUUCGUAAACAAAUGAAAUGUGGUCGGUGUGGGAAUUAUGGGCAUAACUGCCAAAAUUGUACGAACCGCUUGCAACCGUGCGACGUGCUGAAAAUGCCAGAGACCGUGACACAAACACCCCUCAUCUAG